AUGUCCUCAGCCACAGACAUGCGUUCUAUUAGGUUAUAUAACGAGUUGCAGCUCGUUGCAGUUGCUUCGGAGCGCGGAGUCCUAGGUGAUCUCACCGCACACUCCGCAGUCAUCUUGUACUACGACCACCUGAUAACUCUGUCCACGGAAGUUUCACGCAUAUGGUCCCGCCCACGUGCCAAAGCCUCUCUGUGGUUUUUUGUGCAUCGUGGUGUACCGCUUAUCGGAUUAAUCCUCCAACUACAGAGCUGUCGAGAGUAUACCCUAUUUCACCGGUUGUUGCUCGUAUUCAACCAAACAGUGGUCGGCAUCCUGCUCACGCUGCGCACAUAUGCGUUUUACGAAAAGUCGCGCCGUAUACUUUCAGCGCUGUCGCUGAUCAUCUUUGGCGCAAUCGUUCUUGCAUGUUGGCGAUCAGAUCUAUGGCUGCCACAGCAGCCUAUCUCCCAGCAGGUAGUACUGGAGGCACAUUGCUUGGACGCAUGUUAUGUUGCUAAAAAUAUCCUCGCCCUACCUCAAUCAUACAGUGCAAAGCGCAUCGCGACCCCAUGGGAGGCACAGAUAGUGUUCGAUAUGACAGUAUUUGUCCUCACCAUCGUCAAAUCAUACAGGCAUCGACAGGACAUGCGCCUGUGGUUCCCCAGGUUGAAUGAAAACCGCACGAACACGAUGGAUCUAAUAGACUUGAUUGCCCGAGACGGCAUGCUCACCAAAUUUGUGCUGCUAGGCGCGAUGUACUUUGGGUACGCGUCUCGCAGUCCAUUGCGUGGUGGACUCUCUACGUUUGCUAGCUGUAUCUCGAUCACGAUGAUGUCGCGACUCAUUCUCAACCUCCACAAUGCUUCGUCGUUGUUGCCGUCUACGAUCACCGAAACAACGAGGUCGAUCGCUUUUGCCACGAUGCGAGGAACCGUGAUGCAUCCCGAGAUCGGUCAGGAAGAUGAGGGUGACAUUGAGAGAAAUGAGCAGGUCCAUGGCGAAGCUCACGGCAUUGAGCUGUCGAACUUUGGGCGACCGCGAGCGGACGAUGUUGUGCACGAAUGGCCGCGGGACACGGCGUGCAUUAUCACCGGCUAA